UUGGCUGUUAAUUAUUAUAGGUAUUUACCUUGGUGUACGUGCUCUCUAACAUAUCACUCAUAGUCCUUAUAUAGUCUAUGGUACGGAUAUUGAUAACUUUUAUCUAUAUUUGUUAUCAGUAUAAUAUAUUUCUUUAUUAGCUGUAGUCAUACUCGAGAAGUUUUCAUUAAUAAUUCUCAAUAACUUUCUUCAAUCGUGUCUGUUUAAUACUAUUAAAAGUGAUUAAGUAUCAAAAUGUCCAACGCCCAAAACGAAAAUGAAACUGCUCUGGAAUGGAUAAACUUGAAAAAAAGUAAAGGCAAAAAACCUGAUUAUAUUAUCAAAGCAGAAUCAGAAGACAUUGGCAACAAAUUUGUACGAAAAUUUAAAGAAAAUCCGUUUGUACCCAUUGGUAAGCCAUUUUACUCAAUUAAUAAUUAACAAGCUUUGUAAAAUAUUACCUUCACUUCUCAUAAUAAAGAUGACCUUGUAACAGUUAAAACUCAAAAUAUAAAGUAGUUAGGUUUCUACUUUAAAACUCGCAACAAACUGUUGGGAGUUUGUUAUAAAUCUAAUAAGAAACCAAUAUGCAAUAAUAUAAAACUGGUAUUUACUAACUUUUAGUUAAUAACUGUGCGUAUUAAAUGUUUAAACAAACCGAUUAAUAAUUGUGUAGGUAGGUGUGUUUCACUUCACCUAAACUUGAAAGUGGAAUAGGUAUACCCAAUAAAAUAUAUUCAGUGGGUGAAAUACUUAAUUAAUUUUUCUAAUAGGAUUAUAUGAUUAUGUUUUGGUAAACUGGAAUUAGAUAUUAAUUUUCCUAGGUACCUAGCCAUAAAUAACCUGAAUUUACCUUUUUUGUAGUUUAGAUUUACCAAUAGAAAGUAAACGAGCAAUCAAAAAAUUAAUAGGUACCUAUGUGAAAGUUGAAAGAUAUGUGUUAAAAAUAUGCAAUUAAAAUGAUGAAAUAAUUAAAAUUACAAUUUUUAAUAGCAAAAAAUUUUGAUGAUUACCUAUAUUAACAAAUAUUUUAGGGGGUAGGAGGAAUACGAUGGACAAAUUAAUCCUACAAUUAUAAUAUUUAUACUUAAAUAGAUGGUAGUUGGGACUACUAUGGUCUAUUGACCAUACAAUUUCAAAACUGAUUCAGUGCCACUGAUAUUACCUACCUGUCAUAAUGGUAGAUAACACCAUUUUAAUUGCCAUUGUUAUAAUUUAUUUACUUAUCAUUUAUACGUAGUAUUUACAUAACUUAGCCAAAAUAAAUGUAAGUAAUUGGUUUAUAAAACAGAAAAUUAUCCAGAAUUAUUUCCUUGGUAUAUUACAAUAAAUAAUAUUCAAAAUAUUAUUGAGUAAUUUUAUUAAUAAGCAAAAAAUUCAAAAUUAAGAAAAUCCCAUUUCCCAACAUUUACAUUUUUUUAGAUACUACCUUUCAAUUUAGUAGGGCAGUAUACAGAGUAAAUUUAUUUUCAAUAUUGAAGUUAUUGAUAAAUAAUUCUUACUUACGAUUCAAAAAUAAUCCUCAGGAGAAUUUAAAAUUAAAAUGUUGACUAUGUUGUUAAUUUUUCACCGUCAUUAUGUGGAAUUCUAAUAAAAAAAGGUGUUUGAUAACGUUGUAAAACUAUUAUAGCAUUCGAGUUCCUCUCAGAAUCUAAAUGUUAUAAAAUAAUUAAUUUAGUUUGGUAAUUACAAAAGAAAAUGUAAGUAACUUAAUUGAGUACUUGCUUUCUUGUUGCAUUAAUAGAAAACGAAUGUGUACUAGAACCUAGGUAGUGUUAACUAGUCGCAAAAUGAAUAGGUAGGUACUUUAAAAAAUACGAGCUACACAAAUGUAAAAUACCCAUCAGUAAUUUAGUAUCGCAUAGCACAAAACAUAGGUAUUAUUAUAAUUAUUGAAACGAUCUAACCAAUUGUUCAAUUUUUAAUUUUAAUAUGGGGUUGAGAAAUUUGUUUCAGGUUUUUUUAAAGUAAUCUAUUUACUUAUAGGUUAUACCUAAGAAAAAAAUUAACAACCAUAAUAGGUAGGGUAGGUGAAUAUUAUAGUAAAUAAUACAUUUCUUAAUUACUAAUUCAAAUACUGUAAUCAGUAAAAUUCUGAACACUAUUAAGUUAUAGUAUGUUAAUAAUCGGACAUUUUUACAAUACCCACUAUUGGAUAUAUUACAAAAAUUGAAAUACUACAAUAUAAUGUUAUUGUGUAAUGGUUGUACCCAAGUCAAAUUAAUAUACACGCCUAGGCCUACAGGUCAAAUCAAUUGGAAUUUAACGGAUGGUACAAAAUAUGUUGACGUUUAUUGAAAUCUAUAUGUGAACAUAAUGCACGUGCGCCGCCAAUAAUUAACGUCUGUUGGGCGGAUAACGCUGGAUUUUUUUCAAAAAUAAAACUAUUUUUAAAACCUUUUUCCGGAGUUUUUAUUUUUAGCGUACAUCGAUGCUGCGUCGAUUUACGAUCGAAAAACAGCUGCGAAACUCGACGUCGAACGACGGGUUAAAUAAAAUAAUUGUCGUUUAAUUAGUUAUUUUACAAUUAUACUGCAAAUUGAUUUUGAAAAUCGUAACAACAAAAAUAAUAUAGCUAAUCGUAACUUUCUUACUCGUCGUGUCGUCCACGAGUCAUAGGGUAAAUGAACUCGAGAAUUAUUAAUUGCCCUGACCGACUAUAAUGUCAAUUACUAUUAAUACUGGUCCGUUGGUCGUUGGUCACUGAUAGCGUAUGAAUAACAAAAUAAUGAUUUUAAUUUGAUAUUAAGCUGAUAUUUUAUUAUUACCUACUGUAAUAAAGGUUAAUUCUUUAGAUUUUGAGUGGAACGAAAAAGCUUAUUGUUUUUUUUUUUUAAAUUUUUAAUUGGCUUUUUUUGAUUUCCCCGGGAGUUUUCCCAAUGAAUGGAAAAAAACGUAAGAAAAACGGGAAAAUAGAUACAAUAUUAAACAAAUAUUAUUAAAGAAAAUAUAUGAUGCUUAUGUAAUUAUUUUACCAUACCAUGACAUAUAUGUUGUUGACAAAGCAACACUAUCAACUGAACUCCGCUCAGAAUCGUUUUUUCGUUAGCAGUGGUUUUUUGUUGCUUCCAGAUAUACUUACAUUAAAUUACUAAUAACAGUGGCUGCACCCGUUCCCAUUUGCCAUUAUCCUUGGAUAGCUUUUUUUCUAUCACGAACCAGAAAUUUUCUUGGAUGAUUAUCAUUUAGGAGGACAAUUCUAGGUGAAUUAGUAUUUUGUAUUUUUUAUUAAUUGUGCAGAAUCGGUUGAGCUUCAUUUUAAAACCAUUUUUAAUUGUUUACCACUACUCUAUAUACCUUAAAUAGUAAUUAUAUACUUUGAUUUUUUUCAAAUAGGAUCCCCCUCUCCCAUUUAAACAUAGAUUCGAAUAGAAAAAAUGUUUUUUUAGAAAUUUUGAUGUGUAAAACACUAAUAUCAGAUUUACCGUUUAUAACUUAUAACCAUUUAAAGUUUAGAUCGGAGAAGUCGGAAAGAGUUAUUAAUUUAUCAAUUCAAAACAGGUGUACAAUUUAUUACCCUUUCCUACGCCUUUGGUCUAAACUUUAAACAGUACUUCUGCAGAUAUUAGUGUUAAACGUAUCAACAUUUCUAAAAAGAUAUUCCCUGUUCAAGUCGUGUGUUCAAAAAAGUGAGAAGGGUUCCUUUUUGAAAAACAAAAGUAAAUUAUUAUUUAACGUAUAUCUUAGUUUCAUAUAAUAAGUCUAAAAUUGUAAAAAAAAAAAAAUUAAUGUAAACUAUUAUUAUGGAAUAUGAAUGCAUUAGAUUUUUUUAUUAAAAAUUGUGAACUCACGGGCCCUUACACGAACCUGUUCAGCAGGGCCCAUUAUCUUUUCGAAAAAAUAAACAAUAGUAUAGAGUUUGGGCGAAAAAUUUAAAAUGGUUUUGAAAUAAUGCUUAAAAGAUUUAGAUUAACAGAAGUAGAAUUCACAUAAAAUCCUCAUAAAAAUUGUUGGUUUAUGAUAAAAAAAAAAAAAAAAAAUCACUGUAUAUAAUAUAUAUUUGAAUUUAUUAUGAUUAUUUACGGGUAUACGUGAGAGGGUACAUGCGUUUAUCUGGCCGUGCGGCAAUACGUGACUAAAAAACAACACCAACACGUCGGUAUACCUAAACAAAACAUUACUAUUAUAACGUUAGUAAAUAUUGUUGUUACGAUUAUGAUUUAUAGAAAACUCCGAUUAUAAUAUAAUGGUCCGAUAAUAAUAAUAAUAAUAUAAUCGUGACCGAAACAGCUACUACGAUAAUAACAAUGCCUAUAAUAUACAAGCCUCGUAUAAAAAAAAACGAAUUUUUUUCUCCGCGUCCAUUCUCCGUCUUAUAGUUAUUUACACUAUAAUUGGAUAUAAGACUCGCGGAUUCGGAUAUUAUUCUGACAUUCUGUAGGAGAGAGGCCCUUUAAUUCGACCUCUACGUUCACAUAAAUACGCCCCCGACGGCACAUAAUGUACCGGAUUUAAGACUACGAUUAAUAUUAUAGUUAUAUGAGUGAUUUUUUUUUUUUUAGGCGCUCUGGUCACCGUGGGAUUCUUGAGCAUAGGUCUCAAAAGUAUGUACGACGGCAACCGAAUGAGAUCUCAAAUGAUGAUGCGCGGACGUAUAGCGGCCCAGGGAUUCACCGUUAUCGCCAUAUUGGGCGGUUUGUUCUAUCAAGGGAUGAAAGCGUUGGACGAUGCCGAAAAGAAUCAAGUGGAAACGUUGGAACCUGUUCUGAAAUAGGUUUCCGCCUGCGGGGCGUCGACGUAUUCGCUUCAAAAACUUUUAUUUCACAUUAAUUAUUUGUUUUGUAUUGCUAUUUUUUUUUUUUUUUUUACUUUAUAUAUACCUACCCGUUUAUUUAACAUUUGCCUGUUAUAUCCGUAUGCUUUAGUUCGUAACGAUUCAAUAACUGAUUGAUAAUAAUUUUAAUAAACAAAAAAAAAAAAAAAUUAAACUUUCUUCUAAUGGUGUAACGCUCCUCGGAUAUGACGGGACGCGUUUAUGAAAAUUGUUUGUACAUAUUGUGUUCAAAUACUCAUGUAGAAAAAUAGAUGGUAUAUAUUAUACUAUAUUAUUGUUACGUUUUUACGCACUGAUAGUAUACAAUUAUAUUAUAUAUUAUUUAGUUUGAAUAAAAUAAUUAUUUUCUCUAAUA